AUGGCGGGCCUGCUUGAUAGGAGUGAAGUCGGUUCCCUAGUGGUUGAGCACGUGCUCAUGGACUUUCUCUACUUCACGCUGGAGAUGUAUAACCAGUUAGCAGACCUGGCCAUCACCGAUGGUCCCACUGCUGACAAAUGGAUCACCAGUAGGGAAGUUCAACUGCCCAAUUCUGUGCGUCAUCUCCUCUUGGAACAGGAGUCGAUUCAGCGACGAAUUGGUAACCCUUCCUCUUGCUCUUCUUGUCUGCUUAAUGUGAGAAACAAAUGGCUCUGA